GGAAGGAGAAGGAGGAGGGGGAGGCGGCAGCCGAAGCAGAGGAGGGGAGCUGGGGCUAGAGCUUGCCUCCUUGAGCCGGGCGCUGGCAGCCCGACUGAGCCGCCUGCAUCUCCUCCUUCUCCAUCACCCUUUGGAGAAAGAAGAAGAAGAAGAAGAAGAAAGAAGGAGAAGUAGAAGAAGGGCUAUUGGGACGCCUGCUUUCUCUUCUCCUUUUUGGGGACCCAGGAGGGCGAUGGAGCCCCCAAGGAAAGGACCCUGGGACCCUCGCCUGCCUCUCCUUCCUCUCCAGGUGGAUUUAUAGAAGAGAAAGGAGACAUAGUCCGGGAGAAGCCAAGGGCCGGCAAAGGGACUCCUGUACUACUACUUUACUACUACUCCUUCUCUACUCUUGGAUCGUGAUUUCCUCCAUGUCGGCAGCAGCGACGAAGCCCCGGACUCCUUAAGCCUGGAGAAGGGCCCUAGCUUCCCGGGGGAUCUUGGCUGCUUCUUGGGGAUAAUAAUAAUAAUAGUACUCCUCCUCCUGCUACUCCUCCUACCUUGCCUUCCUGGGGGGCCUUCCUGCUGGUCCUCCUCGGCGGCGUUGGCGCUGCUCGGGGUCCGGAGCGGGGCCCAGGACCAUGGGAGCCCGCCGGGGCCCCUCUCUCCUCCUGCCGCCGCCGCUGCUGCCGCUGGGCCGCCGGUGCUGCUGCUGGGGCCUCUGGGUGCUCCUCUGCCGGACGGCGCUGGCCAGCUCCCUGGUGCUGGAGCCCAUCUACUGGAACUCCUCCAACUCCAAAUUCCAUCCUGGACAAGGACUGGUACUGUACCCAAAGAUAGGAGACAAACUGGAUAUUAUAUGCCCAAAGGUGGACUCUAAAACUGGUGGCCAGUAUGAGUACUAUAAGGUCUAUAUGGUUGAGAAAGACCAAGCAGAUAGCUGCACUAUUAAAAAGGACAACACACCUCUACUCAACUGUGCCAAGCCUGAUCAAGAUGUUAAGUUUACCAUCAAGUUUCAAGAAUUCAGCCCUAAUCUCUGGGGCCUGGAAUUUCAGAGAAACAAAGAUUAUUACAUCAUAUCAACCUCCAAUGGAUCCCUAGAAGGCUUGGAUAACCAAGAGGGAGGGGUGUGCCAGACAAAAGCCAUGAAGAUCCUAAUGAAAGUUGGACAAGUUCCCAAUUCUGGUGGGUCCCCCAAUAAUGCUGAUCCAACUAAACGCCCGGAACAGGAAGCUGGUACCAACGGGAAAAGCUCCACAACAAGUCCCUUUGUAAAGGAUCAUGCAGGUCCAAACUCAGAUGGGAACAAAGCUGGACAUUCCAGUAUCCUUGGUUCAGAGGUGGCCUUAUUUGCAGGGAUAGCUUCAGGGUCCAUUAUAUUCCUCAUCAUCAUCAUCACUCUGGUGGUUCUCUUGUUGAAGUAUCGAAGGAGACACAGGAAGCAUUCACCGCAGCACACAACAGCUCUGUCACUUAGUACAUUAGCCACCCCAAAACGCAGUGGGAACAACAAUGGGUCUGAACCCAGUGACAUUAUCAUUCCUCUGAGGACUGCAGAUAAUGUUUUUUGCCCACAUUAUGAAAAAGUCAGUGGUGACUAUGGACAUCCAGUGUACAUCGUUCAGGAGAUGCCCCCUCAGAGUCCAGCAAACAUUUAUUACAAGGUCUGAUGAACACUCAGUGGUGGUACCUUUGGAAACUCUCUCUCUCCUGUCAAAUGCUAUCCAUGACAUGGAGGGUGGGGUUUGGGGUGAUGAGCCCCUCUGCUAUAACCACUGGACCACGGGUGCAGUGGAGAGAACAGCAAGUCCCACCCUGAUGACAGAGAGCGAUUUCAAGAUGGACACCUUCUCUAGUCUGUAGAAUUCCUGCCUCGGUGAACAAGCAUUUCCUUGGAAGCUGGAAGAAUUUACAUAGAAGAUCCCCAUACCGAUUGCUGUUCAUCACCUUCUAAGCCAUGUGCUGCAGGCAUUCAGGCACGUAUAAAAAGCCCAGGGAAGAUGGAGCAACUCACAGAUGCUAAUGGUUUUAGGCAUUCUGGGAAAGAAGUCUUAAGUCAUCAAGCUUGAAAUGCAGCCCUGUGACUUUGUGUGUGCGCUUUUCUUGUAGCGCUUAAGGAUUUGUUAUACAGACCUUGGCUUUUAAGUAAGACUUUUGAUCAUUUUCUUGCUUUUAGUCAGUCCCUGUUGCAUUUUACUUUAAUUGGGUAGCACUCUGGCAUCCUUCAAUUCAGAAUUCUUUCAUGCCACAUCCUGCAUCACUGUUGGGAAGAUUAAAAUGUGUGUGUGUGGAGAGGGGGUUGUUUGUGUGGGCUUUUUUGUUUGUUUUGUUUUUGUUUACCAUUUCAUACUCCAUCAGUUUAUGAUAGCAGCCUCACUUGAAUGGUUAAUGCUUUGGGAGAACCAGGGCUUGCUACAAAGGGAAUCUUCUAGCCAAAAAAGCUAGCUUGUCAGUGAAGUCAAGAAUAUAAGGUAAAGGGUGCUCAGAGACAGAGAGGGAGGGGGGGAAAGGUCUGAUAGAAUGCUACAGCCUCUGGAGUAUCAACUGGACAAAGCCAAACAGUUUAGGUAGCAUAUCACUUUGACAUCUGGAGUUGUAAGCAGCAUCUGAGACACAGCAACACAAGCAGCUGAUUCAGGUCUGCACUGGAAGGAUGCCAAGGUUAUUCUCCAAUAGUAACUUGCAGGAGAAAAUAGUUUUUUUCUCUCUCAAAGUAGAAUGAAGAGUAUAAGUAGGUGAAUGUGCCUAGAAUACAAGACAGUAGAAGGCCAGUGGUGAUAUAUUAGGGCAGGACUGCUGUGGUACUGCACCAGCAAUAAGAUGCACAGCUUUGAUCUAGCUGUAGCAAAAUCAUUGUCUGCUUCAAAUGACAUUUGUUUGUUUGUUUUUAAAAAAGCAGAUUCAGCUGCUAUACUUAUCACAUUUAUCUAUUCACAGGGAAAAUGUUUAAGGAAACAGUAGCAUCUGACAUGGAACAAAAUCACAAGCUUAACAGUGAAGAGGGCUAUGAUUCCAUCACUUAUGCACACACGCACAUACACACAAACAUAUAUAUACACACACAGGCAUUCACAUCUCUAAAAACUGAUCAGGAUUUUCCUUUUUCCUCCAACCAAGCCUUUUAACACUCUGGUUUCUGGCAGUGCAUUUUUGAGGUAAACGUGUCCUAGACACUGCUGCUACUAGGGUUGUCUCUUUCAGAGUUAAAGCACAUAGGGUAAACUGCAUGGUCCAUAAAGAUGCAACACAUUUAGACACAAGAGUGGAGGAAGUAAGGUGUGACUUAUUUAUAAUAGGUGUAUAGAACCCAAGGGAUAUAAGUACUGUAGCAGAUUUUGUUAUGAUUACUAAUAUAUAUCUAUAUAUUGAGAUUGCACAGAAUCUAUACCAGAAGAUGUGAAAUUCAUCUGUGACAAUGAAAUCAAUCCACAAUUGUGUCAGCAUUAUUAAGCAAAACAACAGUGUAACUACUGGGUGGGUGGGGGAAUAGCUUUGCUCCAAAAAGGACAAUACAGAGAGGAAAUGCAAAAAUAACCAAGCCCUCUAAGCUGUCUUGCAUAAGUAGUAGAAUAGGAAAUAUGACCCCUUCCUCCGAAUCAUGAAGUCAGUGUAACUGCAUCAUGUAUUUUAGCAACAAAAUAUUCUGCUGUGGGUUUAUAGUUCUGUUUUUGUUUGUUUCUGACUUUCUGUCCCUUGCCUUAUGAGAUGGCGUAUUUGAGUUGGUGACAAGUAGGAGAGUUUCGAUAUCAAGUUUUCUGCUUGAAGUAUGGCGGUUGUCCUGCCUCCAACCUCUCUAUAUCCCGGGGGGAAUAAAUCUACUUUUUUAUGUGCUAUGCAAAAUAGAUGUCUUUUCACAUAGUCCCGUUCCCAUAGCAACACUUCACUUUCUGGACUGGAAAGGACAUGGAACUACAGCAUUUUAAGGGUCUCAGGCUUCCACUGAGCACGUGCAAAGAUGUACUGUCAUAGAAAUGAUUACUCUCUGUAUUUCCUGAACCUGAAAAUGAUGUUGGUCCAAGAAGGAGAGACGGAGGGGAGGGAAGGGGAGAGCGGAGAAGAAGCAAGGUUUUUGUGGGAAGUUACCAUGGUAACUAACUACAAUACAGAUGCAGUUCUUUCCUAAAGACGCCUUCUCUGUGAAUCCACCCAUGCAAGGUUUUUCUUCUAAGUUAUUAAGAUUUUAUUUGGGGGGAAGGGAGAAAUAGAUGGGCUUGAUUCCCCCCUCUUUAGAAUAUUAUUUAGUUGGUUGGUUACAUUCUGAUUAUGUUCUAAACCUGGGGGAGAGGAUAGUGGACAAAUCAAUGAAGAGCAGCCUAGAACUGAUUGGGGAGGGGGGGAGAAGACCCCCGUGUAUCUGUGUUGUGUCUUGUGCAGAAUAAUGACAAUCUAACCAACUGUACCUUUAGUUGGUGUUUGGUUCAGCUUUGAAAAGUUACUGUAAAUGCCUUGCUUGUGUUUACCCCUUGCCCACCUAACUUUUUUGAAAUUUUCACCAUGAUGUCUAAGAGAGAAGAUGCUGUAAAUACGUUCAGAUUUACUGUAUAUGGAUUUGGGGUGUUACAGUAGCCUUAUUCACCUUUUUAAAAUAAUUAUAUAAUAAAAAUACACAUGGAAAUGAGAAUAAACAUCUUUUCUUAACCGGAUUGUGUAUAUAGAGCAACAUUGGUUUUUUAUAAAGUCUAAGCGAGAUGUUUUGUAUAAAAUCUGACUUUUGCUAUGUAUUUAGCUACAGCUUGUUUAAAGGCCGUGUCAUUCCCCUUUGCACAGUAUCCAGGAAAAAAAAAGGAUAAGGUAUAAAAAAGGUUGCCAAAUUGCUGCAUAUUUGUGCUGUAAUUGUGUACCAUGAAUAUUUAUUUAAGAAUUCCUUUGUCCAGUUUGUAAGUAACACAGUAUUAUGUUUGAGUUAUAAAUAAUUUUUCUUUCCUUUUUUUAAAAAAAACUAGACUGUCAUAGAUUUUGAAAUCUGCUUUUGUUCUACAUUGCAGUUAGCCCCUUCCAGAAAAUGAAAUCUAUGAAGAUCACAUUCCACUUCUGUUUCAAACUGAAUUCAUUCUUUUAAAAAAAAAUAAAAUAUUUUUUUCCUAUGGAAA